AUGGACAUCGCCAUCCAGCACCCCUGGUUCAAACGUGCCCUGGGCCCCUUCUACCCCAGCCGGCUGUUCGACCAGUUCUUCGGCGAGGGGCUCUUCGAGUACGACUUGCUGCCUUUCCUGUCCUCCACCAUCAGCCCCUACUACCGCCAGUCCCUCUUCCGCAGCGUGCUGGACUCCGGCAUCUCCGAGGUCCGAUCCGACCGGGACAAGUUUGUCAUCUUCCUGGAUGUGAAGCACUUCUCUCCUGAGGACCUGACGGUGAAGGUGCAGGAGGACUUCGUGGAAAUCCACGGGAAGCACAACGAGCGGCAGGAUGACCACGGCUACAUCUCCCGCGAGUUCCACCGCCGCUACCGCCUGCCUUCCAACGUGGACCAGUCGGCACUCUCCUGCUCGCUGUCCGCGGAUGGCAUGCUGACCUUCUCUGGCCCCAAGGUCCCAUCUGGCAUGGAUGCCGGCCACAGCGAGCGGGCCAUCCCCGUGUCGCGGGAGGAGAAGCCCAGCUCCGCCCCCUCCUCCUAA